UCUGCGGAGGAGGAGCCGAAACCGUUUCAUUUCAAUGGGCACGAUCCAAACAAAAUCUCCAAAGCAAUGGACAAAAUAAUGGGAGUCUUACCUGCAGCUAAAUUCCCACCAGUGACCCUGGACAAAAAUGGGAAUCACAUUCAACAUCCGCCCAAACCGGAAGUGGGGACUAAACUGGGAGCGCAAACUGAGCGAGUGGGUGGACCAGUCACGUACGGGUCAACCACGAUCGCUAAACACUUUGAAAAUUUCGGAAAUUCUGAAAGGAAUUCUGGGAAUUCUGAAAGGGCGAAACAUGUCAUGGGAACGAAAGAAUUGCCAAAAUCGGAUGACAUGGUCAUUAGUUUGGCUGACAUGUGCCUUCUCGUGUCUGAGGUGGAAUAUGCUCUCGUGAAAAGGGUCCCAUUUUAGACUGGUCAGCUAAAUAAUUGGUUAUGCCCAGCAUCUGAAACCCGUUUGACUUUGUGCCCCGAAAAUUCUUCACUUUUUAUAAUAAUUGAAGUAUAUUUUAUCUUAUCAAUGGUUAAU